AUGAAUCCCUCUCCCUUGUAUCGGUCGCGUCAAUACCAGAACAUUGAUGCGAAUAAGGGGGGGUAUUCUACUGUCGUUCCCAGCCGGCGUCUGAGAGCCUCCUCUGUGGACCCACGCCGUCCAAUUCCUCUACCGCCCCGGCGUAAUGUCGUGACCUCUCAAAGUGUCUACACCAAUCCAUCGCUACCACGGCAGCAGCUGUACUACCCCCAGCUCAAACCCCCCCUCCAACCUACUCACAAAUCAACGCCAGUGAGAACCUCCACCAAGCCACAGACCUUGUACACCGUCUACUCCACCGACCGUCUCCUGUCUACACAGAAUUCCCACAACAAUUGCUCUUACGGACCCGCACGAUACAGAAUGGCAGCCGAGCGAUCCUCUUACGGACAUGAGAAAGAAUGGCUCCCACGGUCGAGUUCGGUUACCAAAUUCUCGUCGUCUUCGUUCCCUGUAGGUGAGACCUACGGGUCUAGGUUAUCGAGGGAUUCCCGCAGUCACGACCAACAAAGCUGGUCUCCGAAGAAGUUCGCUUACAACGACCUUCCCAAACACGUUUCAUAUCUAACCCUCUACGACAAUGGACCCUCUGAUGCCGUAGCAGGCUCUCGAACGCCUACCUACCAUGCUCAACAACGCCACUCAAGGCCACGCGAAGACUCCCCAGAGAGUCGGCGACGGAGUCAGUCCUCUUUUUACCGAAGCCCGUCUCCAACUAACGCCAACAACAUCUCCGUCGCAUCCUCGUACGACCAGACAUCGUCCGACGCCCGCGUCGGUCACGUGCUUUCCUCCUCCGCCGGUUUGGUCGGGCUCAGCAACCUGGGAAACACCUGUUUCAUGAACUCGGUCCUUCAGUGUCUGAGCCAUACGUGGGAGCUUCUGCGCGUCUGCCUGGACCGCACAUACCAGUCCGAGUUGAAUGUGAACAGCACCAUGAAGGGCAGUCUUUUUGUGGCAUACGCGGAUCUCAUGCGUCAGAUGUGGACUCCGUCAAAUUCCACCACCGCCGCCGCCACUCCCACCACCUCGUCUUCCUCGUCGUCCAUCUCCGCCUUCCCCUCCUACGUCACUCCGCAGAACUUCAGGGCGAAGAUCCAGCGGUUUGCGCCGCGUUUCAUGGGCUACGCCCAGCAGGACGCCCAGGAGUUCCUUCGGUACCUCGUCCAAGGCCUCCACGAAGACGUCAAUCGAGUGACCAAACGACCACCCUCGGAAAUACCCAACUACGACGAGGAGGAUAGAAUGCCUGACUCGAAGAAGGCCAUCCUCUAUUGGAAUCGGUACAAGCGAAUCGACGACAGCCUCAUUGCAGACAUCUUCCUCGGUCAACUGAUGAGCACGCUGGAGUGCAUGUCGUGUGGCCACAAAUCGACAACAUUCGACCCCUUCUGGGACCUCAGUCUUCCAAUUCCACGGCGAACUGCAUCCCACCAAAGUCAGGCCUACAAGAAGCUGGCGAACGAUUUUGCCACUUGUUUACGUGAGACAAUGGACCCCUUGUCCACGCCGGAGUUUUCAGCCAUGGGAGCUGCGUUUCAGAGUGUCGGCGUGUUGGCGUACUUCAUGCUCACCGGUGUAUCCCCUUUUCUGGCGGAGACUAAGGCCCUCACGUUGAGUAACAUUACUCAAAUGAAAAUCGACUACCCCGCGCACCUCUUUGAGCACGUCACCUUGCCGGCUCUGGACUUUAUCAAGUCCCUCAUCAAACGGAGCCCCAGGGCUCGCCUCUCAGCCUCGCAGUGUUCGAAACACGAAUGGCUGCAAAACCAAGAAACGUUUUCGUCACAGAGCCAGGUUGAUCACCAGCCGGCCCUUUCUGAUGAGAGCCAGAAGACCCUGGAAGGUGUGGAAGACGAGGAAGACGCCGCAACCGCCAGGUCGAGCAGCGACGAGUCCUCAACCACCACCUCCUCCGCCUCCUCCACCUCCGCGUCCCCCAGCCGAAAGCGCUUCGCGCUGGAUGCACUCACGGACCACGCAGACGUCGCCGACGACUUGACGGCACUUCCACACCCUCCUUGCGUCCUCGAGGCCCUUCCACGCCACCGCCACCAGCACGUGCGGAGACGGUCGGUCCUCUGCUCGAUUUCGCCUGGUGCCAGGGAGAUCUCACCACAGGAUUAA